CUCUGCAGCCAAACGCGCAGACAAUGGCAUCGGUGGACACGAGUCAGCUCUAUAUGACAGCCAACUCUUUGCGUACGUUCUUCGGCGACAAUAUGGGGGCCAACGGACGCCAAUCCAUGGUGGCCAAUCACUCGGACAUGGGUUCGUCACAAAUGUCUCAAAGACCUCCUGAGCGACGGCUCAUUGACUACGACUCUAAUCCACACUUCUCUCGAUUGGAUCGAAACCUAUUGAACCAAAUGCCACACAAUUGCGGCAAAACUGAUCCGCCACUGAUCCCCGAGAACCGAUUCUACGAUCCAAACAAAAUGCCGCAGAAGUCUAUACUUAAGAAAAGUAAGGAUCAGUUAUAUGUAGAAAACACGACAUUCCGUACCAUUGAAGACGAGGAUCUCUUUAUCUACGGCUCGAGCUCUGCAUCGGAUGUGCAGUCGGGAGGACUUCCGGCGGGGAUUGUGUCGAUGGAACCGAUGACUCCUAUGGCCGUUGAGAGGUCUCUGUCGCCCAUAUCUCUAAGACUCAAACAAGAGAUGGAAAAUAUGGGUAAAAGUCAGCGCUCUUCAGAUCCCAUACCAGACACUCGUUGGACACCAAGAGUUGGCGUCAAUUCAUGUAAUGCCUAA